GUUAGUUAAGUCUCCCUUUCAAGUCAUUCGAGGGCUACUUGAUAUUCGAUUUACCCGAAUUAAUCUUCAGAAACCGCUACCUGUACACCACUUUCCUGAUUUAGUGGAGUCAUACAUAUCAGAACUCAUAUUCAUACGCGUAUACAUAAGUUCGGUUCUGCAACUCGUCCGCCCCUUUUCCUCCACCACUUUACUGAUAAGAUACGACCAGCAACAUGUGGAACUAUUUUUUUGGGGGAAACCCUCUGCAGAAGAAGGAGUUGCCAAAGAAGGCUAUAGUAGAAUUGCGUGAGCAUAUUCAAAUGUUGAAUAAGAAACGGUCUCAUUUGGAGCAACAAAUCAAUGAUCAAGACUCCUUGGCCAGGAAAUAUAUUUCUACCAAUAAGACAUUGGCCAAGAAUGCAUUAAAGAGGAAGAAAGGCUAUGAAACCAACUUGAUGAAGAUCGAAAAUCAGAUCGAUACGUUGGAAACUCAGUUGACGGCCAUCGAAGGUGCCAAUUUGAAUUUGGAGACCAUGAAGGCCAUGAAGCAAGGUGCUACUGCCAUGAAACAAAUACACGGAGAAUAUGACAUUGACAAGGUUGAGACUACCAUGGAUGAUAUCAGAGAACAAGUUGAGUUGGCGGACGAAAUAUCCGAAGCCAUUUCCAGACCCGUUGGCAAUGAUUAUGUUGAUGAAGACGAAUUAGAUGAAGAAUUGGCCAUGUUACAACAAGAACAAGAACAAGAGAAACAAGCUGUUAAGCCUCAAGCUCAAAAGCAAGCUCCUGUUCGUGAAGAAACGCUUCCAGAUUUCCCAACUGUGAACAAGACAAAGCCUCAGGUCGAAGAAGAAGAUGAGGAUGAAGAAGCUUUGAAAGCUUUGCAGGCAGAAAUGGGAUUAUAGACUGGCCACGAAUAUCUAUACUUCUGAUGUUAUUUAAUGUGUUUAUAUACUUUUUUUUCUCAUCCUUAAUAUACUGACAAAGUUAAGCGGUUCUUUUGUAGAAACUGGUUCAACUGGGAGUCAGUAUUCUCUUAGAGAUGAAAGGAUAGAAUAGUACGAAUGGCAUCUAUGAGUCAAAAAGGUAUAUCAACUUGAACAUCCACAAACUCACAACCGUUCAUGCCUAAAUCAUAGCACCUGGCCUAUUCUCUCGAAAUACUCACCUCCACACGCAAGCUCAUCUCUGUAACUACAUAGCUUUUGGACAAACAAUUCCAACCUGAUCUUUUGUAGUAAAGAGCUUUAUCCAUCUAGAGAUCUGGAUGUAUGGGUGUGGCUUUAACACCCUAAAUAAAUUUAUUAAAGUUAAACGGACAAUC